AGCGGAUCCCUCACCUUUUCCUUCCUUACUGGAAGGUGGCGAGCGGAAGAAAGAGAAUUAAAAUAUUAGCCCGGUUUACGCUAUAAAGCCACCCACGAGAAAAAGAGUCCCACCAAUCGAGCCCCUCCUAAUACGUUUCACGACCCAAGAUUUCGAUCCCCCUCCUCUGUUAGAAAAGAGAGAGCUUUCGGUGGAAAGUCGGAAAAAGUCACAAAUGGGGAGAGACGAUGGAGUAGAGAGUGGGUAUGGCUCAGACGACCAGCCCAGGAACAGGAAGCAUGCCAAGAAGGAGAAAGAGGAAGAGGAAGAAGAGGCGAUGAUGUCGGUGGAGAGGGUGUUCGAGGGCAAGGAGGUGCCGUCAUGGAGGCAGCAACUGACGGUGAGGGCCUUCGUGGUGAGCUUCGUGCUCAGCGUCCUGUUCAGCUUCAUCGUGAUGAAGCUGAACCUGACGACUGGGAUCAUCCCGUCCCUGAACGUGUCCGCUGGCCUCCUGGGCUUCUUCUUCGUCAAGACAUGGACCAAAGUGCUGGAGAAGUCCGGGAUGUUGCAGGUCCCCUUCACGAGGCAAGAGAACACCGUGAUUCAGACCUGUGUUGUCGCCUCCUCCGGGAUCGCCUUUAGCGGAGGUUUUGGGAGCUACUUGUUUGGAAUGAGCGAUCACAUUGCUGAACAGAUGGGGAACGGUCCUGGUGCAAAUGAUUACAAGAAACUGUCAUUGCCCUGGAUUAUUGGCUUCCUCUUCAUUGUUAGUUUUCUGGGGCUCUUGGCGGUGGUGCCUCUCAGGAAGAUCAUGAUCAUCGAUUUUAAAUUGACUUAUCCAAGUGGCACUGCGACUGCUCAUCUUAUCAACAGUUUCCACACGCCUGAAGGAGCCAAACUAGCUAAGAAACAAGUGAGAACACUGGGAAAAUUCUUCUCAUUCAGUUUCUUGUGGGGAUUCUUUCAAUGGUUCUACACUGCUGAAGAUGGCUGUGGAUUUGUAAACUUUCCAACUUUGGGAUUGAAAGCCUAUGAGUACAAGUUCUACUUUGAUUUUUCUGCAACAUACGUUGGUGUUGGGAUGAUCUGCCCCUACAUCAUUAACGUAUCAGUGCUUCUUGGGGGAAUAGUGUCUUGGGGCUUGAUGUGGCCUCUCAUUGAGAAUAAAGCGGGCGACUGGUAUUCUGCUGAUCUGAAACUGAGCAGCAUGCAUGGCCUUCAAGGUUACAAGGUAUUCAUAUCCAUUGCCAUGAUCCUUGGUGAUGGCCUCUACAACUUCUGUAAAGUGUUGAGUGGGACCCUCUUGGGUAUGUAUCAUCAAUUCAAGGGAAAAAACAGUCUUCCAAGGGUCGCGAGCAGCUCUCCCCCUGAAUCCCCUCAGCUCUCAUUUGACGACCAACGCCGAACGAGCCUCUUCCUGAAGGACCAAAUCCCCACGAGUUUUGCCAUCGGAGGCUACAUCAUAAUCGCAAUAAUUUCGAUCAUUUCUCUCCCUCACAUAUUUCACCAGCUCAAGUGGUACUACAUACUGGUCAUGUACCUUGCUGCCCCCACCUUGGCCUUUUGCAAUGCAUAUGGAUGUGGGCUCACAGACUGGUCCCUCGCAUCAACCUAUGGGAAACUCGCCAUUUUUGUGAUUGGGGCAUGGGCUGGUAAAUCCCACGGCGGGGUCCUUGCCGGCCUUGCCGCUUGUGGGGUCAUGAUGAACAUCGUCUCCACCGCCUCUGACCUGACUCAGGACUUUAAGACUGGCUAUCUAACCCUCGCUUCCCCUCGGUCCAUGUUUGUUAGCCAGGUGAUCGGGACUUCCAUGGGCUGUGUCAUAUCUCCAUGUGUCUUCUGGCUGUUCUACAAGGCAUUCAAGGACCUAGGUCUUUCUACUAGUGCAUACCCCGCCCCUUAUGCCAACAUCUACCGAAGCAUGGCUAUAUUGGGAGUGGAGGGAUUUUCAUCACUGCCCAAGCACUGCCUCUCUCUCUGCUAUGGAUUUUUUGCAGCCUCGAUUGUCAUAAACGCGAUCAGGGACGCAGUCCCCAAGAAGUACUCCAGGUUCAUCCCACUCCCAAUGGCCAUGGCCAUACCAUUUUACUUGGGAUCGUAUUUUGCUAUUGACAUGUGUGUUGGGAGCCUGAUUUUGUAUGUGUGGGAGAGGAUCAACAAGGCCAAGGCUGAUGCAUUUGGACCAGCAGUCGCCUCGGGACUGAUUUGCGGGGACGGGAUAUGGACUUUGCCGAGCUCCAUACUUGCCCUCGUGGGCGUGAAGCCCCCGAUUUGUAUGAAGUUCUUGUCGAGGGCGGCGAACGCCAGAGUUGACAACUUCCUGGGCUCGUGAAUGGAGUGCAAAAGAUGGGCUUAUGGGAAUUGUAGCACGCGAUGUUUAUAUAAAUGUUCGACUUCACUUUAUUUUCUCAUUGUAGCUGUGGAUGGAAUUUUAGAAUCGAGAAAGUCAGGUUAUGGAUUGAAGUGAAUAAAGCAUAGUCAUUUAUAUAUAAUUUAUGGUAUAACGUUAAUGUAGGACUUUGCUGAUGUGGUUUCGAGAUGUUCAAGCCCAGUUAGAGAAAAACAA